ACUGCUGGAGAUAACCCAGAGGCAUUUCGUAUCAGGUAAUGUGAACAUCCUAGAAUGAAAAAGAAGACAGACGUGGAACAGAAGUGUGGCUGUACACUUUAACUGAGCAUAUGAACAGUUUUCAGCAGAGUGGCCUGAAGUUUCAGCAGUCAUGUCAGUGACCUCAAGAUCGCGUUACCAGGGGUCAGGAGGUCACAGGCUAGUGUGGAUAGUUGUUAUGUCCCUUGCCACGAAUUCUGUGUGUUUUGCCCUGAAUAACCAAAACUACCGCCUGGAGAAAGAUUUGCUGAGAAACUACAGCCGUACAGUUAGACCAGUUCAGAAUCUGAACACUAUAAUAAAUGUAUCAAUCACUUUUGUUGUGUUCAGCAUCUUCCACAUCGACGAACAGAACCAAGCAAUGACACAGAACUCCUACAUAGCUUUAAGGUGGUUUGAUGAGUUCCUGAAGUGGGAUCCACAGGAAUAUGGAGGACUGACAACUAUAGAACUUUCCAGUAAAGCAAUUUGGCUUCCGUAUAUGGACAGCAUUAAUACGUUUGAUCCUUCCUCGCUCUUUUCCUCUGACCAAUUGUCUAACGCAGUGGUUCAGGCCAGUGGCCAAAUCACGUGGUUUCAACAAAAUGUUUUGACAACAAUAUGUCGCAUGGACAUCACAUACUUUCCCUUCGACAGUCAACUGUGCAACAUCAGUGUCAGCAUGUGGACAUCUUCUACAUCCCAGGUUCAGAUUUCAGAGGUCGUGGCUCGACAAGAUGAUGUCUUUUUCGUCGAAAAUUCUCAGUGGAUACUUAAGUCUCUCGAAGCAACGCUAGGAGAAACUUCUUUUGGCAAUGAAAGCUACUCAGCUUUUACUGUCAGCUUUUACUUAAAAAGAAGAAGAAUGUUUCACACGCUGACACUCAUCAUCCCCAAUGUCCUUCUGGCCUUGUUGGCCUCCCUGGUGUUUCUGAUUCCCUCCGAUGGCGGGGAGAAGAUGUCGUUCAUAAUGGGACUGCUGCUGGCCACUGGGGUCAGCUUGACAGUUCUGAUGGACAUAAUGCCGCGAUCAUCAUUACACAUCUCUGUCCUCAUGAUCUACAUUGGUGCACUAAGCAUAACCUCUGGUCUGGCUGUGGUGGCCUCCACUUGUAUUGUCUUCUGCUGCUCACUACAGGGGACCGUCGGUCCCAAGACUUUACUGCUCUUCAAGCUUCUGCGCAAGAUCAUCUGCAAAGACCUACAUGUCAGCAAACAAAGGGUAGACCCUCACAUCCAUGUUAAAAUCCCCAAUGAGAGCAAACUACACAAACAAGCAAGUCCUCGCUCAGCUGCGAUUCACAACCUGUACGACUUACAGAAGGACAAACCCACCUCGCAAGAGACUGUAGCAAGAGAUGAUGAAGAAGACCACAUCACUUGGAGGGAAGUGGGAGCUGUUCUGGACCAAGUCUGUUUUCGUAUCACCAUUAUUCUUGUAGUUGGAAUGACAGUCGUACUAAUGCUUAUUCUUUCUUUCGGCUCUUAAAAUAAAAAAAAGUGUUUUGUUCACAGGUAAAACUGUGAUGGACCGCUUGCAUUGAGUGUCGGACACCUUGAGUGUUAAUUAUAAUGAUGUAUUUUAAUUUUAAACAAUAGAAAAAAGUUCAUUUAGUCAUUGCUGAUUACUCUCAGUCCUGACGACACAAGAACUGUCUCCAAACAUGUUUACAGCUUACAUUAGACUUUAUACCCAUAUUACUAAUGAGUUACAGAAUUUGUUUCUUCUUUAGUGUUUUAAAUGUUUGAAACAUGGUUAUCGACAUAUCCAUUAGCAUCCAAGCGUACAUUUUUCUCUUGGAUUAUACAUUUUAGAUAUUUUUGUCUUUCUUAGAAAUUGUUUCUUUCCCAUUUUUCCUAGAAAUGAGAUGUCAGUCACUGAUAUCAUGGUUAAUUAUAAAUAAAGAGACGAACACUUG